AUGGCAGACGCAACCGCAUCCACUACACGAGAUUCUGCACCGGAGUCAGAAACUCUGAAGAGACUAGACGCAAUAUUCAAAGUUUUCUGGAGAAAAAUCAAGGCACGACAAGCCACAGCGGGUGAGCUGGCUGGAAACUUACUGCUGGUAUUGCCGUCCCACGCUCACCUUAAAAAAAGCUCCUCAUCAAAAGAAGCAUGCUGGAAAAUGGCAUUGCGGCAGGCGCCGCUUCCCACCAACAAGCAAACCAACGCGACCAGCAGACCCUCUCCAAGCCACAGAUCAACCCAAGCAACAAGAG